AUGUGGAAGCCAGACUCCUCUGCGACUGGGCUCGGCUCCCGCCAAACUUGCUCAUCUGCGAAGUCAGCCUGCAGCUUCUGCAACGGCCACUGCCCGGCCCGAGCUUCGGUCAAUGCCGUUGGGUCACCGGUCACAUUGGCAGUGACGUCAUCCACCUCCCUGCUGCGGCCCAGCCAGCCAGCCACCAGAAACUGGCAUCAGAAACCAUCCCCCGCUUCUUCCGCGCCGAGUCCGACGAUGGCCCCAAACCAGGCGAUGGCCAGCCUCACCCGGCUCAUCCAGCUGCUCCUCGACAACGAACGCCCCGCAGAGAACAGCCAGCCGGCCACCACCGCACUCAAGAAGAGACUCCAGGCCAUCAUCUUCUUCCCGCCCCACUCAGAGCCAUCCGCCAGAGAAACACACCAGCGAUGGGCCCGGGUCCUGGAACGCCAGCGGAUCGAGAACCAGGGGAUCGUCGCCCAGCAGCUCGACAAGCGUCUCGCAGAGCUACUCGAGAUCUCCAAAACUGCCGAUCCGCAGCUGUCCAAAAACCUCGACAGCUUCCGCGCCUUUCUACUCGAGCUGCAUUCCCCGCCAAGCAAGGAGAGCUACAGCCGGGCCAUCGAAUUCCAACGCGCCGAAGACGCCAAGCUGCAAGUCGAAACACAAGCCGAGAUCGAUCGGAAGCUCUACCACGUCAUCAUGGCCUCCGAGCCCCUAGUGGGCGACCACUGGCAAACCGACAUCUACGCAGGCUCGUCAUCCUCCCUGUCCGAUUCGACCCCAUCCAGCGACUGGAACUCUGACAGCGACGACGGGGUGCCUGACCCAGCCUCAGAGCCCGAGCUCCACCUCUCAAACAACUUCAAAAAGAAUCAACUGCCAAAGCCAGAGCCGGUGCAGCAGCAUCCACAUCCGGAGACUUCUCCAGCCCUCGACAAGCUCGCGCGGCUCAAGCGCGACGCGUACUGGCUGAAAUCCGAGGCCGAGCUAGCCAGCAGUCAACUCCCCGAACUCAUCGCCUUGCGCGAGGUGCUAGCAGCACUGCUCAACCUGGGCGGCGGACUGAUUUACACGGUUCCGAGCCACCCCAGGCAUCCGAUCACGCUCUCGGACCAUCUGCCCACGCUGCUCAACAAAUCAGCGGCCUCCAGUGUCUCCCUGCUCUCAUCCUUCCUGCCGGUCCUCGCCAGCUUACGCACGCUUAGACAGCUGGCUCUCCCGAAGGACGACCCACCACCGGCACGGAAAACGCGGACCGAAGAGGCAUUCGCAAGCGCCGUUCUGGGCCUGCUGCAGCAAUUCGACGUCUUCCUGACUUCCAUCGAGCUCCAGCUGCUCGGCUUGCCCGGUGCUCAUGCUGCUAGUGAUCCAUCCGAUCGCCAGUUUGAAUCGGUGGUUAGCUUGAUGCGGCUCUACCAUCGUCUCGAUCAGAACGGCUGGAUCGAGCUCUUCGCCGCCCUUGCGAACGCUCUUCCAGACCCAUCCACACUCCACGCCGCCGACCAUCCAUCCAGCUCAACCAAAGCACUGCUCGAUAAUCUCUACAGAUUUGCGUGCCACUUCGAUGCACAUUGCAAGUCCGCCGCCGCAGUCCAACAGAUCAAGAUGAUCUUUCUGGGCACCUGUGGGCCGGUUUGGACUUGGGUCGGCGACUGGAUCCGGCACGGCAGGCUCCCUGAAUGCCCAGCCUUUGGAGAGCCGAAUCGACCCAAGACCCAGCCGAACGGAGAGUUCUUUAUCGGACUGACUUCCUUCACUGGAUCUAAUACGGCAGAAAAUUGGUGGGAGGACCAUUACGUCCUCAAGGAACCGGCAAUCCCAGAAUUCUUACAUGAUUUCGUAGCCAGCAUUUUCGAGGCUGGCAAAGCCUCCGCACUGUCGCGCAUCUUAGACAUCCAAUCGGACGACCCAGAACACUCGUCUUGGCCACAGCUUGAGGAGCUUGUUCCCCAGCCACAAGCUGCUCCUCCUGAUUCGCCAUCGAUCCGAGCCGCAGGUGAUCCCAAGCUCACCAAUGUCUUGAGAGCACAUCUCCGACAUCUGGCGUUCUCCUCAAGCCCUUCCCCGCCCAACGGUGGCGGAGGAGCGGGUUCGAAUGUCAGCUUCGACCUCGACCUUUACGCGCACAUCAGCCGCCAUCUUGGGCCACUGGUCACCCAGACCCAUUCCCAGCUGUACAUCCGCUUCUCGUCGCCCCUGAAGUUGAGCACCUAUCUCGACGCGCUCAACCAGUUUUUCCUCCUGGGAAGCCAGACGAGUGUCCAGUUCCUGAAAAAAACGAUCGAGGAUGCCGGCGAGUCGGCCAAGUCCAGUCUCCUGUCUGCCCACUCCCUCCUGAAUACGACUAAUUGGUGGGAGGAGCAAGUUAUGGAGGCGAAUCUCUCGAAAGCCUUCGAAUACGCCCCCUCCCCGCUCAUUUCUUCCUGUCUACCCAAGCUCAAAAUCGCCCCUUCUAUCCGCACCGAGCCGGACCCUCUGAAGUGUCUAGAGGCGAUCCAAAUCAGCUUGACGGUCCCGAGCCCGCUGAACUACGUCCUCGACAACGCACACGUGAUCCGGACUUACAACCGCUGUUUCGUCUUUCUCGGCCAACUGGCCCGGGCGGCCUGGACGUUGGACAGUCUGAUCUGGGUCAAGCCCAUGCUCCCCUUCGGCUCGGCCGCAGCGGCCAAGGAGUUCGAGCGCCGCGCCGAGGCGAAGGAGUUCUUUCGCCUCAAGAAUCGCCUCGCCUGGUUCGUCAACUUGAUCUCCGACUACUCGCUUAACUUGGUCAUCCUUAAUUGGAAGAGCCGCGUCCUCGAAGCCCUCGAUGUCCAGAUCGGUGACCUCAGUCAAACUAUUCGUCUUACUAGACGGUGGCUCGCUCGUCUCGCUGGGUUGCUCUUCCUUUCUGAACAGUGCCAGCCAUUAAACAGCGUGAUCCUCCAAGUCCUACAGCUGUGUGCCAGAUCGCACGAGGUGUGGACGAGCUUCAACCGGCAAGCGACGACGGCCAAGUUGAUUGAAGAGAUCAACGAGACCUAUGUGGACACAGAGCGGCGACGACGGCGGAUCGAGCGGCGCAAGCGACGGAUGAAGAACGAGCAGUACACGCUGAUCGAGGAGGAGAGCCGGCACAUCCAGCUGGACGACGCGCUCCUUGCGGACGCCGACGAUCUUGCGGAGGACGAGCGGCUGAGAAGACCCGCGUCAGCCGGCCUAUUAUCCCCUGCGCAUUCGCCCGCGGGCGCCUCGCUCGCCUGGCCGCCGGCCCUGGCAGCCGGGUCCAGACAGCAGGAGGAGCCGCUGGAACAGCUGCAGAAGAUGAACGAGCAGUUCGAGAAACUCUUGCUCGCGCUCCAACGCGCCAUCGGCAAGCUGUGUCGCCGCGCCCUCCGCUCCUCCGCCCCAGCUCCCCAUCCCCCGAUCAGCCCAGAGGGGUCCCCCGUCGGCGUCGGCUUGGAGGACUCCCAGGACUUGGAUACCUUGUCUCUCUUGGAAUGCCGAUUGGAUGAAUGGAUCACUUGA